ACCCUGCCUUGUACCUAUUCCCGAUUCCUUUCCGCCUCAUCCAGUCUCUCAGCAAUACCACUUUCUAUCCCCGUUUCUCAACAUGCGCGCCUUCUUCCGCCCUCAAGUUCUUUCUCGCCGGCUAGCAACCAGCAUGCGCCAGGCCUCCAGCUUCCGGACCACGCCGUCGCCGCACCGCCUCCCCAAAGAAGAGCAAGAGAUCUUCGAGCAGCUGCAGCAGCAGUCGGCCGGCGCCUUCAGCGCGCCACGCACACCGCCCCAAGUCAACCAGUCGCCGGACUCGGCCUCGCCCGCCACUCCUUCCUCUCGUCCGCAGAUCAAACAGUCCCCCGACUCGGUCGCCGACGCUCAGGUCAAGAUCGAGGCGGACGGUGACGGCGAGGAGCUCCAUCCUCAUGUCUGGCGCGGCGCGAAGCCGGAGUUUGAGGGCGAUACCAACCCCAAGACGGGCGAGGUCGGCGGGCCCAAGAACGAGCCGCUGAGGUGGGGCGCCGCGAGCGACUGGAGCUUCAACGGGCGCGUCACGGAUUUCUAGACAACACGCUUGAUCGCGGAUGGUCUAGGUUUUUGGAUCGCGACACACGGGAGACGUUCUUGGUUGGAAGACAGACAACGAUAGCCCUGGAGCGGGAAGAUGCCGUUUGACGACGGACCCUGGCUUCAGGGCCACGACGGCAGCUGUCGCAUCAGCUCACCGGCGACGUACAGUUACGACCGUGGCGCAUAUUGUCGGACGGGCGCAGACGCGCAAGUGCUCAGAGCCGUCUAGGACCCGAAAUGGGUGGUGGCAGCUUUGUAAAACCGCUCACUGUGGGCGCACGGCAUGAUGCGGACAGGAAGCCGAGCCAGCCGUGGAAGCGAGUCGAGGAGAGCAGGAGGGGGAUGGGAUGAGGUGCCGGGCUUUAGAUUGUCCUAUCUCCAUAGCAAGACGCAAUUUACAGUCACACGGCC